UCCGGUCUGUCCAGGUUCCUCUGCAGAGCCCUCCUGCCUUCCAGCUGAUGGACACUCCCCCUCAACUUAGUGUCAUCUGCAAAUUUGCUAGUGGUGGACUCCAGUUGGUUGCUUUCUGCAGAGAAUAACUUAGAAGUUAUUUCCUUUCACUCCUGGGGCGGUGCAGCGCUGACGGGUGGCCGCUCCCCUUCCCGGUGCUGGCAGGAGAGGGACGAGCUGCAGGAAGAGGAGAAGGCAGAAUAAUGAAGCUGAGCCGGCACUGUCUUGUGAGAUUAACAGGGCUCUUGUUGACAUCGUUGGCUGCUUGGUAUUUGGGAUUCUUCAUUGCUGCUCAGGUACCCCAAACCACAAUAUCUAGUGCUGAAUUUCAAGGCAUCAGAAAGAAACCAGUGUUGAGGGCCCCAGUCCCCAAAAGGCAGAAAUGUGACCACUGGAGCCCCUGCCCACCUGGGAAUUACGCCUACCGGAUCCUCAGUGGUGGGGGCAAAGGAAAGAUGGCUAAAAUCUGUUUUGAGGAUGAGCUGCUCAUAAGUGAAGGGAAUGGUAAUGUUGGAAGAGGUAUAAACAUUGCCACUGUGAAUUAUAAAACAGGAAAAGUUACAUCGACAAAAUUUUUUGACAUGUGGACAGGAGACCACUCGGGAGAGAUGAUGAGCUUCAUCAGGAAUGCCCAGGAAGGGACCCUCCUGCUGAUGGCGACUCACGAUGACGGAAGCACCUUAUUGAAAAAUGAUGCCAAAAAAUUAGUAGAAGAACUGGGAAGUAAAGAAAUAAUGAAUAUGAAGUUCAGGUCAAGCUGGGUUUUUAUAACUGCCAAAGGCUUCAAGCUCCCAGAUGAUAUCCAAAAAGAAAAGAUAAACCACUCUGAUCGGAAGACCAACAGAUACAAUGGCUGGCCAGCUGAAAUCCAAAUAGAAGGCUGUAUCCCAAGAAACCUGAUUUGAACAAAUGCAUAACUCAUUAAUAAA